UGAAACUACUCACUCACUUUAUUUAAAUCUCCGGAUGAAUAAUAACAUGAGGAUAAAUUUUUCUUCCUUUUCUUCUUAUUUUAUAUUUUAUUACUAUAAAUGAUUCUAAAGGACUCUAAAUGUUCUAAAAUGUCAACGAUUGUCAGUUCUCUGUGCGUGUCAUUUUCGGUUAUAUUAUCUACAGCGAUCAUACCUGGAAUAGCUAUAGGCACAUAUUGUGGACGAGUGAAGCUCAAGUCUGAGAAUGUGGUAAAACAUGGGACCGUAGAAAUUGAAUAUAUUCCGUCAGAGUACGUAACGAAAAAUACUAAACCAUACUGGGUACGCUCCGACAACAAUAGUACAAAGGCGUUACAAAUGGGUAAUGGUACUUAUGAACAGACACAAGAGCAAAAUAACAAAUACGUGCUGACAAUAUACAUGUUCAGUGUACCUCUGAAUGGACGAUAUGGUGUUUAUUGCGGUGCAAACUUAUUAUACACAAAUUUUAUAACCGUCAAAUUACCAGAACCACCAAGUACACCUAUAAUAGUUGGAUUACAAAACAUAGAAAAUUGCAAAGGGAGACUGUAUUGUUGCUGA